GUAUUGACAUCUGCUUUCUUGGAAAUAAAUAUAGGACAUUUAUUAGCUGACGUUGCUCAUUUAUAAAUCUGUCGUUGAUCAAAACACCUGGAAUCAGUUUACAGUCAAGGAGUCUGCUGUAUAUAUAUAUCGAGUUGCUGUAUUGUGUCGUAUUUAACAACUUUAAAUCACCCUAAGGACUUUAAAUUUGUGAUCCGUUUGCGUCGAUCGCGAGUUGCUCCUAGGACAUCUUAUUUAAUUGGACCGUGACUUUGAAAUCUGAUCCGAGUGGAAAGCUUCAUCUGAGCAAGAAAAAUGGUCGCCAACAAGAAGAUUUACGAAACGACGCAAGACAGAGAUCUAGCUGGCCAAGGAGAUUCCCUGUUAUCUUUUUUAAAUUCUGCUUCGAGUAAAGUGAAGAGAGCUUUAGAAAAACCGAACAGUUUCAAACGAAACAUCAAUCAUCGACGAUUUUUACAAAAGCAGUUUAAAGCGCUUAGAAAAAGCCCAGAAUCGGGAAAAAUGCACGCACGAAGACAUCCCGGCCUUAAAAUAAACGAGAUGCAAUCUGUCCAUCUUGGGAUUCAUCAAAAUGAAGAUCGAGGCUCCACAUCCAGGCGAGAAGAUAGUUGCUGGAAAUAUGAUGAAUAUAGUCAAGAUCGCUUUGCUAUAGAACGCAGCAACAGUGCUGGUGAAAGUGAUAUGCACGAACUGACUAUACGCGAGCAAGAACCUUCACCAGAUUGCUUAUUCUACCAAAGAAGUGAGGGAGCUAGCUGCUUUUACGAGUCCAGAAUCACCAACCGUAUACCAGCGUUCAAUGCAAGUCUACCCGAGUUACUUAUCGAAGAGGAUUUUCUUACAUGUGAGGAAUUGACAGAAGCCAUUGAACUUAAAGAUUUGUUUAUGGCCGAAACAGAUUUGACGAAGUAUUUAGCGACAAGCAAGGAACCUUUAAAUUAUUUCUACAAUCACAAUGUUCACGUGUACUGAGCCUUAAUUCAGUUCUUUGUUCGUUUGUAAUUGACAUAAGUCAAGUGUAAUUAUAUAUGCAGUGAAAUUUAAAUAGAGAUUUGGCUGGUCCAAAUCGGAAUCACGACUGCCGUAUAUGUUAUGUGUCAGAGAUCUAAAUGUAUUAGUGAAUCGAUUCUUGAUAGAAGUGGAAGCAUAUAGAACGAAAGAACUAGUGAAAUCAUGUAAAUAUGAAAAUAUUUGAAAGGCGAAGUAAACAUGUUAUUUUGACAAUUAUAAAAUAUCUUGAAUA